CGAACGCAAAACUCGUGAAUUCCACAAUCAAUCUUAUCAAAAUUCAUCAAUAAAACAACAUCCAAACCAGAAAUCCAGCCCCUUAUCACGAUUUCCCCCUGAAACUGUAAAUUCUCACAAAAAAACACAAUAAGUCCAUAAGUCAACCAACUCCAGCGGCACACAGACCAUUUGAGUAGCAAAGAAGACUGCAAAACAAUAGCAAAAAAAUAAAAUACAAAAAAAAAACUUAAUUUUAGUGAUUUUUAAGAUUUUGAAGCGACAAGAGAACAAAAUAGAAUUAAAUUUUAAGAUAAUCUCGAAUGGCCAACACAAAUUCAAUGAAGCAAAUUGCUUUGACAUGCUCUGGCCACACACGUCCCGUGACCCAUUUAGACUUUAGCGACAUCACAGAAAGUGGAAAUAGUUUCCUAAUUUCAGCCUGCAAAGAUGGAAAGCCAAUGCUACGUCUCGGUGAUACUGGCGAUUGGGUCGGAACGUUUGAGGGACAUAAAGGUGCUGUUUUUGGUGUAGGACUAAAUCGUAAAGCGACUUUAGCUGCUUCAGGUGCUGCUGAUUUUUCAGCAAAACUCUGGGACGCCAUCUCAGGCGAAGAAAAGUGUAACUAUCAACAUAACCAUACAGUUAAAUCGGUGGCAUUUGACGAAGACAGCACUCACCUAUUAACCGGCAACAACGAGAAGCUCAUAAGAGUCUUUGACCUUAAUCAACCGUCAACAAAUCCAGCUGUAGAAAUUUAUGCAGGACAUUCUGGUGCUAUUAAGCGCGCUCUCUUCUGUCGUAACGAUAAAUGCAUUAUCAGCUGUGCUGAGGACAAGGCAAUUCGCAUUUGGGAUCGAUCAAGUGGACAAGAGAUUCAUCACAUAGAUUUUCCAUGUAAUCCAAGUAACAUUGAGAUUUCUAGAGACGGAAGUAUUUUGACUAUAGCGAAUGGAAUGAAUGUUACUUUUUAUGAGGCAAACUCGUGGAAUAAGAUUAAGGAGGUUGCAGUUCCAUCGAAGUUGGCUGACGCGAGUCUUCAUCCUGACAAAUUGGCUGGUAUCCUGGGCCUUAGUGAUCUAAAGCUGGGUAUUCUGGGACUUAAUGAUUCAAGGCUGAAUAUUAUGGUUCUUAAUGAUCCAAAGCUGAAUAUUUUUGCUCUUAAUGAUUCAAGGCUGGGUAUCCUGGGUCUUAAUGAUCAUAAGCUGGGUGUCCUAGGCCUUAGUGAUCCAUGGCUGGGCAUUUUCGGACUUAAUGAUCCAAGGCUGAAUAUUAUGGUUCUUAAUGAUCCAAGGCUGAAUAUUAUGGUUCUAAAUGAUCCAAGGCUGAAAAUUAUGGUUUAUAAUGAUUCAAAGCUGGGUAUUCUGGGUCUUAAUGAUCAAAAGCUUUGUAUCCUAGGCCUUAGUGAUACAAGGGUGGGUAUCUUGGGACUUAAUGAUCCAAGGCUGAAUAUUAUGGUUUAUAAUGAUUCAAGGCUGGGUAUUCUGGGUCUUAAUGACCUAAAGCUGGGUGUCCUGGGACUUAGUGAUCUAAAGCUGGGUAUCCUGGGGUUUAAUGAUCCAAAGCUGAAUAUUAUGGUUCUUAAUGAUUCAAGGCUGGGUAUCCUGGGUCUUAGUGAUUCAAUGCUGGGUAUACUUGGUCUUAAUGAUCAAAAGCUUUGUAUCCUAGGCCUAAGUGAUCCAAUGUUUGUCUGCGGUGGUGAAGACUUUAAAAUCUACAAAUUCGACUAUAUGACCGGCAAUGAGAUCCAAUCAUUCAAAGGACACUUCGGACCAGUUCAUUGCAUUUCCUUCUCGCCAGACGGUGAACUUUAUGCAAGUGGAUCAGAGGACGGAACUUUGAGGUUGUGGCAAACGACAGUUGGAAAGACUUAUGGUUUGUGGAAGUGCAUUAAUGGCCCUGAAGGUGAAGUAACUAUGAAUAAUUCAGCUCCAAGGGAAGUGACUGCAAAUUGAAAAGAAUUUUUUUUUCGAGAAUCUAAAAAAUAAAAAUUGAUAAAAAUUUGAUGAAAUUUUCUGAUCUUUUUAAUCUUUAAAGGAAGUAAAAUUUGAUAGAGAAAGUAUCGGAAAAAUGAUAAUAAGCUGUAAUUAUUAAUUUAUGAAUAAAG